AUUCAGUCUUCUAACUCUAAUUCUUUUUUUUUUAGUUCGAUCACUUCAGUCCUCGCAAUAUCGGUUACGAAAAAUCAAAGUGCAAAAAUUUCCACUCUUUUCUCGCUCGAAAGGCCGACGCCAAAUGGGGAAACAGAGGGGCAAUAGCAACGGGAGUAUUAGCAACGAUCAGCAACUAGGGCUCACCAAGGCUCCUUCAUCGGCUUCCAUCAAUGGCGGGGUGACGAAGGUGAAGAGGACGAGGAGGACCGUGCCACGAGAUUCCCCGCCUCAGCGUAGCUCCAUCUAUCGCGGCGUCACCAGGCAUCGAUGGACUGGUCGGUAUGAAGCUCAUUUGUGGGACAAGAACUGCUGGAACGAGACACAGAACAAGAAAGGGCGACAAGUCUACUUAGGUGCUUAUGAUGAUGAAGAAGCUGCUGCUCAUGCCUAUGACUUGGCUGCACUCAAGUAUUGGGGUCCAGAAACGAUCCUUAACUUUCCGUUGGCUACGUAUGAGAAGGAGAUCAAGGACAUGGAGGGGCAGUCGAGAGAAGAGUAUAUUGGAUCGCUCAGAAGAAAAAGCAGCGGAUUCUCUCGUGGGGUUUCGAAGUACAGAGGGGUUGCAAGGCAUCACCAUAAUGGAAGGUGGGAAGCCAGGAUCGGCAGAGUGUUUGGCAACAAGUACCUCUACCUUGGGACCUAUGCUACUCAAGAAGAAGCUGCAACGGCAUACGAUAUGGCGGCAAUAGAGUAUAGAGGCCUCAAUGCCGUCACUAAUUUUGACCUUAGCCGUUACAUCAAAUGGCUAAAACCUAAACAAAACGGGACCGAAGGUACCGACCUCAACCAUCCUAACCCUAACCCUAGGAUGCCAACCUCACCCACCAACCCUAGCCACGAGCUCGGGCUCAACUUCUUCCAGACCACUCAACCACCGCAACCGAACUACCAACCCACACGGGCCAGUAUCGAACCAACCGCUGCUAAUGCAGCUACCACUCUGGUCCAACCUAGUAGACCGACCAACACCACGUCCGCGCUGGGGCUCCUACUCCAAUCCUCCAAGUUCAAGGAAAUGAUGGAGAUGACAUCAGCAACAGACGAUCAUCAGAAUCACUACUCCUCGACGGUUCCCACGAUGAGCCUCGAGCUCGAGGCUCCACAAUGCAGCUUCCCGGAGGACAUCCAGACUUACUUCGGGUCCCAGAACUCGAGCAGUUAUGGCGAAGAAGGCAGCCAUGACAUGAUCUUCGGUGACAUCAACUCGUUCGUCCCACCGAUGUUCCAUUGCGAUUUCAGUGCAUAAAAUAUCGUUUGACGAACGGUUGAUGAUAAGCCCGAGACAAUGUCCUGUUUUAUCAGAUGUCCCACAAGGGGCAGUCUGACAAUGCCAGAAUGAUGACAUUUGGAAUGAAUCAAAUUCAAUCCACAUUAAUUUCAAGUAGGUCCUCAAAAAUUAUUUUUACUUACUAAUUAAUUACAAUUUAAAUUGUUAAUUAGGGUUUCUUUUGUGAAUACGAGAUCGUUUAUAGACGAUCUCUGGCCCUCCUCGUCUGUGAAGGGUGAAGAGUUAGAAGAUUAUCACACAUUUAUCCAAACUAUAGGCUAUGAUUAACCAAAACUACGGAAACUAUAGAACAUUUAUAUUCGUCGAGAUUAUUUAGUUAAUUUAUUUGUGGAUCAAAAGUCAAAACAAUAUGAUGGAGAAAAAGGAAAAUCCAUUUACAGGGUUCACUCUCUCUUUUAUUAAUUCCUUGUAUGCUUUUUUGAUAGAAUAAUAUAUAAGAUGUAAUUUCUGCUUUUGCUUCGGAAAAUCAAUGAAAGUGGGGUGAUUUCUCUCCAACCUAUCCUCUUUUCAUUUUGCAGUAUGUUUUGUAGCUUGUUAGCCAUCAAAAGGGGGGAAAUACGAGAAAGAUAAGGGUCAAUAUGAAGAAGUUUGGAUGUGAAUUUCACAGAAAAGAGAUAUAUACUGAACAUAAGUAAAACGGGAUAAAUCUAGAAAUGAGUCAAUUUGAUCAAUUGUCUCGUUUUAUAAACGAGAUAAUUGAAAUUGACUCAAAAUGGAUCAAUUCAAAAUACCUCAGGGAGAUUGAUCCAUCCAAAUUUUUUGCUGGCAAACGAGGCAAUUUGGUACAAUUGUCUCAAAACGAAACAAUUGUGUCAAAUUGAUCCGUUACAAUUCCUCAUCCAAACGAUCCAGAGAAAAGGUUGAGGAAAUGCCCUUCUUUACCAUUAGUAAUAUGUCGAUACUGAUAUGAAUCCACUAAGUAACGUAUGGUAGGAUCCUUGAACUUAACCUUUGGACCUGGUAAUUAAGCAUGAUAGAUAUACUGGAUCUAGGCUCAUUCUCAACAGAUCAAUCUAUUAUUUGAAAUUGCAUUCAAAAUUGAUAACUCAAAGAUGAAUCAAAAUAUUGUUAAUUUGGUUGCCAACACAAUUCCAAUAACACAUAGCUACCUUGUGAAAUUUGAUGCCAUGAGCCGUCCGGUCUCGUAUAUUUCUUCAUGUCUAAGAAGAAAACCAAAAACAGCACAGGGAAUUUGUUGUAGUAUCACAAGGAAUUAAAACUCUUGUACUCUACAUAAAAAAAUCAAUAAUGGUAUAAAAUUAAGUUGCAAGGUGGGGGUUAAAGUUUGAUUAACUAAUCUUUUGUUUCUAAUUAACUAGUAACACAGAUUAUGGAGAGUGCAAUCGAGAUUGCUCGAUCUGAAUUCUCGUAGUUAAUUACCUGGCAAACUUAUAAAAACAGUAAUUCGAACCUAUGAUCGAUGGUAAUUACUAAGAAUUUUUUCUAUGAAUUAUGAACGGUGACUCGGUGAGAAUUGAACUCGAGAAUACAGAUAGUACGAAUCA